ACAUGCGCAUCCACUCAGUCACACACGCAGAAGUUAGUGGGACUGUUCACAAGUUAGAAGCUGUUGCUGCAGUGUGGUCUCUGCUCUGUGAUCCAGCACGAUGCUGUGUGUGAUCGUUCCACUGUGUGCUCUGUUCACUAUCACACAACAGGUAACUCCACGCGAUAGGUGCGUGUGUGAGUUGGCUAAUUCUGAGCAGCCAUUCCCUCACGACAAACUCAGCAUAGUGGAGGACAAUGCAUCCAAAUGCAACAAUAAGAUCACCUCCCAGAAGACUCUGGAGCUGGAGAGUCUGAUGCUGGGUUUGGAGAGACGUCUGCCCCAGCUGCAGGAAGACGUGUCCAUGCUAGAGAAGGAGGAUGAUGGAGAACUUUAUGGAGUCCUCAGCCUGCAUGUGAUAGAGAAUGAAAUGAAGGACAUCCAAGUGCUCAUCGACAGGCUCAACAGCACCACCCUGGGACACCAGCGCAUCACGACUGAGACCGCUGAACUGCUGGAGGACCUGAAAGCAGAGAUGGAAGAGCUGGAAAAGUUCGACACCAUGCAUGUGGUGAAGAGACAGCAAGCCAACCUGCGUCUGACGAGGGAUCUGGACACGUGCAGGAACGGACUUCACCCCACCAUCCAACCCACUGAGCCCCAGCAUGGUAACUGUCCACACGGUCUGUUUGGAAACGUCACCGGGCCCAGGGUGUACACAGCAGGAGAGUACCCUGGCUCCUAUAAGUAUGGAGCCUGGGGUCGGGAUCCCAAACCGGAGGCGGGGAUGGAAAGCUGGUAUUGGCUAGUAAUGCUGACCUCCAGCAACAAAUACUCCCACUAUGUCCGUCUCUACUCCAGCCUGAGCUCUCUCAUUGUUGGGGUGAGCGUCCCAGGUAAUAUCCAGAUUCACUCCUCUAACCCAACCACCAAUACCAUCCAGGGUCCCAAUGUGGUUCUGUAUGCAGGGGCCUUAUACUACAACUGUUACAACCUAGAUGCUGUUUGCCGGUUCAACCUCACCACUAAAACUGUUACCACUUUACAACUGCCCAAAGGCACCAGAUAUAACUCAAAGGGUAACUUCUGCCACCUGGAGGAAUGCUACCUAUUCACUGACCUGGACCUGGCAACAGAUGAGUCCGGCGUCUGGGUGAUCUACACCACCACCCAGGACUUUGGAAACUUGGUGCUGUCCAAGGUGGAGGACGGCGAACCGCCGACUCUUGGACAAACCUGGCGCACUUCGGUCUACAAGCAGGGGGUGACCAACACCUUCAUGAUCUGCGGCGUGCUCUACGCGACGCGGUACGUCAGCAGCGAGGUGGAGGAGAUCUUCUAUUCUUUUGACACUGCGACAGGAAAGGAGAAGUUCAACUUGGGCAUCUUCAUCAAGAAGAUGUCUUCCAACAUUGAAUCCCUGAACUACAGCCCUGUGGACCACAUGCUACACGCCUACUGCGACUCCUACAUGGUCUCUUAUAAGGUUUUGUUUGAGUAAAUGGACAUUUUCCAUAAAAGCCUGUAUUUAAAUGAUGGCUCCAUUAAAAGUUUUGAGUGGGUGUGAAAUUACUGGUGCUACACAUGGUACACAUCCAACUGUAAAUGGUAAAUUCAACAUAAUGCACAUUUAAAUUCUACUAAUUCCAUCGGUCACACAGCUGUAAGGCACAUCAUGUUUUCUUCCACAGUCAAACAUGUCUGACUGCUUUAUUAUUUUUUCUGCAAGGUGCAGAAACAAAGUACAAUAAAUGUUGGACUGAAAAGCAUUGUGUUGUUCUGGGACAUAAUUUGGACAUUCCUGUCUUUUCCUGGUGCUGAG